AUGGGGUCCAGUUCACCGCCCCGUGUCUCGUCAGGCCAAGAGGGAGAAGAGUUCGACCCUCUCGCAUUCGACCAGGACCUGACGCCUCUGCCUGAGUACAAAGCCGCCGGCGACACCGCAUUAGACUUUGGCGGCCUACUGCCAGCACCUCUGAAAGUCCACGAAGACCUCACGUCGGGUUGUGGUGGCCAGACUUGGCCGGCAGGGAUGGUGUUGGCCCGUCAUAUGCUGCGAUACCAUCGGGACGAUCUCAGAGAUGCUCGCAUACUCGAGAUUGGCGCGGGCGGAGGUCUGGUUGGCCUGGCUGUUGCAAAGGGAUGCAGUGUCAGCCAUCCUCUUUACGUGACGGACCAGCUCGAAAUGCUGAGCCUGAUGGAACACAACAUUACACUGAACGAGGUCGAGGGACGUGUCAAGGCCAUGGUUCUCAACUGGGGCGAGGCACUACCAACAGAGAUUACACAGCUCAAACCGGACGUGAUUCUCGCCGCAGACUGCGUCUAUUUCGAGCCGGCCUUCCCGCUACUGCUGCAGACGCUCAAGGACCUGCUGGCUCUCUGUCCUUCCACGACCGUCUACUUUUGUUUCAAGAAGAGGAGGCGCGCCGACAUGCACUUCCUCAAGAGUGCCAGGAAGACAUUCACGGUGACCGAGGUAGCAGAUGAUGACAGGCCCGCCUUCAGCAGGCAAGGCCUUUUUCUGUAUACCUUUACUAGCAAGGGGGCCGCACAACCAUAACGGCAAGUAGAGGGACGACGUGGAGAAAUGGUGGAAGGCCUGUGUACUGUGUAUGUGGGCGGCCCGGAUCUCUCUCCCCGGCUGGUCCGCACACGACCGACCUGUUCAGCUUGGUGGAUACGGGUGGUCGCUCAGGGGCGUAGACCGUUGCUACUUUUAAGAGGUUGUUGCUGUUGGUGCCAAACACUAGCUCACGCCCCGUGCGAGGCGCGUGUGCCAACGGACAGAUUGCGAACUCGCACAGUCCAGUUAACAGAGAGCAUUACACAACAGCUGGUACCACCCAGGGUUGGGCUGAGGCAGAAGGCAUGGAGGACGAUGAGUGGUGCACCAGCCGGAAAAGAACAAUUCUGCAGCUAGGCUCGGGUCUCGGCAGGAAACUCUUUGAGGGACGGGGGUCCUAUUGUCCACAGCAUGCCAACCCAACCACGAGCGUCCUCGCCCGCUUUCCGCUCGGUUAUCCAACAAAGAUGCGAUCCGAUCUACUACGUAGCACAAGUGCAAUAACACUACUCAUGUACACAGU